GGUCUCCACCUCUGACCCACACAAUGACUACUCGCUGAUAAGCAUCUAACCUGCUCUGUCUGCAUGAAUGCUUUUGCAGAUCUAGCCACAACACCAUGUGCCUUCUGCCGAAGAUGCCUUGAAUGUUGCAUCUGUUCAGACUGGAUUAAAGCCAUAAAUUCUCUUUGCAAAACAGAAUUAAGAGAAAAAUCCCAAUAUAUUUAUUAUGCUGACAGAUAUGGCUCAACAGAUGAAAAGCACAACAAGUAAUGAGUAUACCGGGGCAGACAGUGAGGUUGCUUGUGAUGUCUGCAUCGAGCUAAAGCUGAAGGCUAAGAAGUCCUGCCUUGUGUGUCUGGCCUCAUAUUGUUCAGCCCACUUGGAGAAUCAUUAUUCAACUAAAAGGCUGAAGGGCCACAAGCUAGUGGAACCAGUGAAGAACCUGGAUGCAAGGGCCUGCCUGAAACAUGGACAAUCACUCGAGCUGUACAGCAGAAAGCAGCAGACAUGCAUUUGUGUACGAUGUAUAGUAGAAGGUCACGAGGAAGUUGUCUCGGCUGAAGAGGAAUGGUACAAGAAGAAGGGUGAACUUGAGAACACCAAGACGGAGUUACAACAGAGAAUUAUGAUGAGACAAACAAAGAUAGAUGAGAUCAACAAGGCUGUAAAGAGUUGCAAGGAGCAGCUUGAGUGGUGGAACAUUGAAGCUGUGUUCACAGCUGUGAUGGCCAUUGUAGAGGCAGCCAGUGCAAAAGUAGUGAAGCCGCUACAAGAGAGGAGGCACGCACUUGAAAAAGAAGCAAAAGACCUCAAAGAUGAGCUGGAAGCUGAAAUCAACAGACUUGAGACAACAAUUGCUGAACUGGAUAAUAUAUCUGCACUUGAAGAUCAUAUCUAUUUCUUACAGAGGUACCCAUCUCUUUCAGUCCAGGAUGACAUGAAAAACUGGACGAAUGUUGAACUUAACACCUCACUGUCGUUUGGCUCCAUGAGAAAAACCACCACAACUAUGAUGACAAAUAUUCAGCAGGAGCUGGAGAAGUUGGCCAGCAUUGAACUGAAGAGACUCCCAAAUUUCACCGUGGACGUAAAGAUGGACCCAACGACUGCACACCAACGUCUCGUACUUUCACCUGAUGGGAAGGAAGUACAAGACGGAGGACAAAACCAGGAAGUAGCUGAUUCUCCUAAGAGGUUCGAUGUGUUUGGCAGCGUCCUCGGACUCAACAGCUUGACGACUGGGAAGUCAUACUGGGAGGUGGAGGUCAACAACAAGGCCGGAUGGGAUCUAGGUGUAGCCAGAGGCAGUGCCGACCGUAAAGGCAGACUCACACUGAGCCCAGAAAAUGGUUAUUGGGUUUUGGUCCAUUAUGAAGAGGAGAAUUACGCAGCCAUGACAGCACCACCCAUUCGUCUUUCUCUUGAAGAAAAACCCAAGAAGGUGGGGGUAUUUGUGGACUACGUGGACGGUCUCGUCUCCUUUUAUGAUGUGACGGCCCAGUGUCAUAUUUACUCAUUUACGGACUGUUCAUUCAGAGAUGAGAUAUGUCCUUAUUUCAGUCCGCACUUUAAACAGGAUGAGACCAACUAUGAGGCUUUGGUUAUUUCUACUGCUUAAUAUUCAGAAAUGGAAUAUGGGCUGAAGAGCUUGUGCUCUCUAACAUAUUCGGAAUAAAAUUAAGGAAAUGUUUCAGCAAAUUGAGGAUUCAAAAGGUUUUUUGAAAAAAAAAAAAAGGCAACAAAUUUUAGCAGAGAUGUUGCUGCAUCAAACCUAUAUAGGCAGUUCACAUGGGGCCAUUAUGUAACACAUGGGCAGACCCAUCUGGGGUCAAGCACUAAAUCUUAGGUAGUGUAAAUCAUCUUGAAUUUAAGCAACUUACAGCUUUAACUUUGCAUAAGUUCUAAUUUCCUAAGUCAGUUAACUUGAUUUCACAUCAAUUUAACUCAGAUCAAGUCUGAAUUGUACAAAUGUGCAUUUUCCACUACUAAGGGAACUUUGUAAUACAACAAUGUAUUGCCUUUCAUUAGACAAACUAGAAUAUGUUAAUAAACUUACCAUGACCCAUUAUCUAUUGACCUGUGAAGAACCUGUUGAUAUGUUGAACCUAGAAGAGGAAUGACAGCAAUCCACACCCCAAGGUUACAGGCAAAGUAAAAUAAUAUUACAUCCCUGAAUACUUUAUCAAUGCUAGUUAAUAUAGUGGUGUGCUCUACUAUCCCUCAUCUUCCUCUUGACAAUACACAAUAUAUUCUCUGUGGGGUUUAGGUCAGACCAGUUUGCUGGCCAAGCAACCACAGUGAUACCAUGAUGGUUAAAGCAGGUAUUGGUACUUUUGGCAGUCCGGCUGGAAAAUGAAAUUAUCUAAACAUAUGAAGCCUUGCCAUUA